AUGGUCUGGGAUAAAUACAAUCGCCAGAAUGGCGGUGUUACCAUCGACUUCUAUCCCAACACACUCGACAAUAUCUUCUGGUCAAAAGAAGGCAUCAUUGCAGUUGGCGGUAGCGACCACGUCCCACGACUCAAAGCAAUUGCAUCAGAUGAGAGAAAAUGGGACAAGAUAAACCUCAAAACAAGUUUCUUCACUCUCGACGACAUUCAACUUCAACUCCCCUUGAGCUGGAAGAACUUUUCCAUUGGCGAGGAAAUGUCAGAGUCCUUCGUCCACGCCCUUGACUGGUCUCCUCCUGGACUCGGUAAACACAAGCGAAGUGUCCUGGCCGUCCUGACUUCCAACCACGUGCUAUCGAUCUGGGAGUGCGUUGGAAAGCCAGAGAUUGCGACAGACUGGGUCAGAGCCUGUGUCAUCAACCACGCUCUUCAAGCACACUACAAAGAAAAGGACGUUCGGAGUCCGGAAGAGAGUGAGAAUGACCACUUCGAAAGACUGAGGGCAAAGCAACGUAUUAGAGCUUUUGCGUGGAGUCCAGCAUUACCAGACCCUUCGUUGUCAGGCGCCCCUGGAGACUGUACAACAAAACACCCGUAUCUGGCUGUUUCGAACGAUCGUGGACAAGUCUUGAUCAUUAAGAUCCAAACCCCUCACGACAUAUUGAUGCCAGAGGCAACACAAUGGAGUCUGUCUGUGGCGGCUUCUUUCGGGGUCGAAGUUCCUGAUACCAAGAAAUCGGCUCUCAGCGCGUUAUUGGCCUUCACUUCUCAAUCGUCUUUGCAGUGCACGAGUGUAAAGGUUGACGACGAGAAACAUCACGCUAAUGUGAACAUUGGUCCUGUUGUAUCGCUGAUGGACGAAAUACCCGACACUCAAGCUACCGGGUGUCUCAGAUGGACGUCGAAGCUGAAUAGUGCAAAAGAAGCAUUUCUCGUCUACCCAACACGCAGCUCUUUCUAUUGUCUGCAAGCUCAACCAGGUCUUGGUCUUGACUUUAACAUCUCGGCACAUGACAUCAACACUCCUUGGGACGAGAUCGCAGGGAUGACCUUCGUUCAAGAUGACAAUGAGAACGUUUCUGUACAGAUCGCAUAUCACCUCGGCUCAGGGACUGAUCGUAUCACAAGUUUGGCUUUACCAUUCACAGCACAUUCGGCCCUUGGCUCUACUAACUGGCAGCAUGAUUUGCUUAGAGGCCAGAGACGGUUCAGCGACGAAUGGAAUCUUGCAGGCAAUGUCAUGGCUAGAGCUUACGGGUUGUGUACAUCUCCGUUCGGCGAUAUAGUUGCUGUGAAUGUCAGCUUUCACCCGAGCGACGGAGUCGAGUACACAACAAAUUCUGAUGAGGUCUGCUAUCUCAUCACGAGCCAGUGUAACGACGACUUGCAGUUUGCUCUCGCCGGGUCUCCUUCAAAUGCUUACGAAUUGACUGCCGAAGCUUUGCUGUUUAGCUUGCAGAGUCUUGCCGCACGUGAACCCGAAGCUUUUGCUGAAGAUGCCGUCGUUGUCGAGCAAGUCAUGCAAGCACUCGACCUUACAGAGUUGCCGCCUUCAAUCAAUCCCAAUCAAGGACAGAUUACAGAAGACACACCUGUCGAGCUGAUCGUCCGUCAAGUGAGGCAAAACAUCUUGUUCAACAGUGACAGCGUCAAGAGCAGGAUUUCGCAACUACUGAAAUACGUCAGAGCGGACAUUCCCAAGACCCCGCCGCUUGAUGCCACGGUCGUGCUCAAGAUUGUCACUGAAAUAUCCCGUCUGCCGCAUUUCGUUGCAGAUGCAAGCAUCUUGAGUAACUCGAUCAUGCAGAUCCACUGCUUGAUACUGGCGAAGCUGCAAGCACGAACUGGCAAUGCUGAUGCAGACACUUCGCAUUCAGAGGAAGAAGAGAUUGAGAGGUGCGAGAUUUGCCAUAGCAAUAUUCCGUUCGAGAGUCUUCGAUGGGCAAAGUGUGUCAAUAAUCAUCAAUACCCUCGCUGCACGCUUUCCUUCCUCGCUAUCCAAACUCCAGGUACUUCCAAAGCAUGCUCUAUAUGUAACGCUCAGUACAUCAAUGAGUUUAUAAUGCCCGGCUUCAAGGCACAAGACAGUAAAGAUGCAGGUACAGAUGGAGAUGAGGUGAUGCAAGGGACUUCAGAUCAGGAACCUCCGCUAUCUUUGGCACGCAUUCUUUUCGCGGCAUGCGAUAGAUGUGUCUGUUGCGGAGGCAAAUUUACCGGCUAA